GCGAGACCAGGAAGCAGUACAUCACUGAAAGGAAGUUCCCAGCGAGGAGCACCGGGUAUUGGUCCGCACACGCCGAGCUUUUCCGCCGCCUUUGGGCAGCGAUACAUCCCUUGGUGUGUGUGAUGUGCACCCGCUCUUUCUGAAAUCCGCCGUCCUCAGCUCAAGGACUGUGCCGAAACUGGUCCACAAUGUCUGAACUUUUUAUGGAGUGUGUAGAGGAGGAGCUGGAGCCGUGGCAGAAACAAGUUCCUGAAGUUCACUUGAUAGAAGAUGAUGACGAUGAGCCCAUCUUUGUUGGAGUGCUCUCGAAUAACCAGAAGGAUGGAAAGCCUUCUAACCCUCCGACUCCUCAAAGGAAAAGUGCAGCGAAACAAGAAGUAAAGUGCCCCCCUCCUCAGCCUGCUGUGGUCCCCUCACCAAUAGUGCUGCCAUUGAAUAUACCUGGGAAAACAAAGAGUAUUGUACCAACCAGUCUGACAACAAUAACUCCACAGCCUGUUAUUGUCAAUAAUCAGGGCUUUAUUGUCACUUCUCCACAGUUAACAAAUAGCAGUGACUUUAUUGCCUCUUUUGGGGCCGCGUAUCCCCCAAGACCAUCAAUUACAAUCAUUCCAGCUGGUCAGCAGCAGAUUUUUCAGCAGGUCUCUCCAGCCACAGUCAUACCUGGCGCUGUCCACAGGCCACAGGUGCAACAAAUUAGCAACAAUGUUGUGACACUGUCAAAUGUCCAGAGUCCUGCUGUAUACUCAACACAGCCUAGUCAGCUUCAACCAAACAGAUCCACCUCACAACCUCUUCAGACCUUUUCUAUGUCUGCAAAGGACACCAAUAGCAGAGAUCAGAGCUUACUGAAACGAGGACUGGCACCACAGGAAAUGGACAACGUAGCAAAAAAAUCAAAGCCUGACUUGUCACCACAAAAAGUAGUCAUCAGAGUGGAAAAUGGCAUGGUAAAGAGAAAGUGUCCCAAUUGUCAAGAAGAAAUUCUCACAGAGGAAGCUCUAAAAUAUCACAUGAUGAACUGCCGUGCCAACGGAGGAAGCACAGCUCCAGCGGCCCUGAACACGAACUCAAACAAGCGCAUCAUGCUGGUCGCAGAUUUCUAUUACGGUAACUUUGAGGGAGACGUGCAAAAGAAGGAGGCACAGAAGACCAACACCACCUUUAAGUGCCAGAGCUGCCUAAAAGUUCUCAAGAAUAAUAUCAGGUUCAUGAACCAUAUGAAACACCACUUGGAGCUGGAAAAGCAGAACAGCGAGAGCUGGGAAAGCCACACAACCUGCCACCACUGCUACCGACAGUACAUGACCCCGUUCCAGCUGCAGUGCCACAUUGAGAGUGCUCACAGCCCAAUUGAAUCCUCAACCAAUUGCAAGAUAUGUGAGCUGGCGUUUGAAUCAGAGCAGGUGCUUCUAGAGCACAUGAAGGGAAACCACAAACCUGGGGAAAUGCCUUAUGUGUGCCAGGUUUGCAAUUACAGGUCUUCCUUCUUCUCUGAUUUGGAGACACAUUUCAGGAGCGUCCACGAAAACACAAAAGACCUGCUGUGUCCCUUCUGUCUCAAAGUUCUUAGAACUAGUCAUAUAUACAUGCAGCACUACAUGAAACAUCAGAAAAAAAAGAUCCAUCGCUGUGGAAAAUGUAGACUGAAUUUUCUCACCUACAAGGAGAAAGUGGAGCACAGGACUCAUGUCCACAAGACUUUUAGGAAGCCUAAAGCCCUGGAGGGCCUUCCUCCUGGUACAAAGGUGACCAUUAGAGCUUCCCUCACAGGAAAGUCACCUGCACUGCCGGUGUCCCCUAAGCAACCUGGUUUUGUCGUCAGUACAGAAAGUCUGAGUGUGAAUCAUCCAAUAAAACCUCAUGUUACUGUAUCUAAGUCUAAACCAACCACCUCAGAAACAGGAAAGGCAAAGAUGCCUCAGAGCAAGAAGCAAAACCCUCAGUCCAAGCACAACCUGGCACUCAGGAAUCUCAGUGCUAGCGGAGGGAUUUACACAUGCAUCGAAUGCAACGCACACGUGGACGACUUUUUCUCUCAUUUCCCAAUGGUUUCCAGUUGCGGCGCAUGCAAAUAUCGCACAAGUUGCAAAGUUUCUAUCGGGAAUCAUAUGAUAAGAUUUCACAGCACCAUCACCAAGAACAGAUUUUUGAAAAUGGAUCACAAGAAAAAUUCAUUGGCCUCAAAGUUCACGUUGGUUUGUCUCAACUGUGACCUUCUCGUCGAUGCAUCACGUGGCGACCUGAUGACCAAACAUUUAAACGAUCGGCCGAAUCACGUAUGCAAAGUCAUAGCUGAGAAAGCAGAUAUGAAAGCCAAAGAUCGUGUGCAGCUCAUCGUGGGGCAGCCAGCCAAAGUCCAAGUGUACGUCUUGACAGCCUCACCUGCUCAAAAACCAAAGGAAACGGACCCAAAACAAGCUGAAUGUGUCUCAUCUGGAGGUGCAGCCAUCGGCACUGUUGACAAACCAGAAUUAGAGUCGCCGUUACCAGCAGGAGAUCAGAAGGAGAUUUCCACAGGAACAAGUGUUAUCCAGGCUUCCUCUGAAGGUGACUCAAAGACGUCGGUGCUGCCCGCUUUACCGUCUUCCAGCACACCUGACCUCUGUGACGAGAUCUCAGAGAGCAGAGAUGAGGAAGAUCAGCGUCCCGACUCUGUGUCUGCGGCAGAGAGUGCGACUGUGGACCAGCAGCCUCAGUCAGAUUAAACCUGUACAGACUAACUAAACAAUGACUUCACGUUAUUCAGAAAACACCUCACCAGUGUUUCUCUUACAGACAUCAAAUUUAUGAUGUUGCUUUGGCUGUUUUGCGGAUUCCUGACAGUUAAAUGGAAACUAGAUGUAAAACGUCUUUAUAUUUGUGAAUAAAAAAA